ACUCCAUGGUGAAUGCAGUAAUUUCGACCAGGUUUCCGAUAAAGAGGAUCAAGGAUAAAGCAAACAAUUUCGCAACAAGUUGAAUGAUAGACACCACAGGAACAAAGAAACGAACCUGGGGUGGAUUCCCGGCUCCGCAAGGCGAGCUGUCAUUCGGCCUGUUGAGGUCGUCUGGGUACGGUCUUUCAACGGUCUUCCAGGGCAAAGCCAUGGUUUGAUAAUCCAUGCAGUGUGCUGCACAUGGCCUUUUGUGGCCAUUGCUACUUCGAAUCUCUCAACUACCAAUGCGCCAUUGCAGCAACUUCCCACUAUGAAUCUAUCUUCCACAGAAGCUGCCAGUGACGACAAAGGAUCAACGAUAUUGAUCGUGUUAUGGCCCCUGACGGGUCUAACCACAGUCGUGGUGACGGAGCGCAUGUACAUCCGAGCAGGCCUGCUGCACAAUCUGGGGGUAGACGAUUGGCUGAUUGUAUUUUCGCUGCUAAUGGGCCUCGUGUACUGCAUCCUCACGACCAUAAACGUCGGACUCGGCUUCGGGAAGCACGCGUGGUUGUUGAGUGCCGCCACAGUCGAACAUGCGACCUUCCUCAACUGUUUCAGUUUUCUCUUCGGCAUCGUCUCAUUCACCGUUCCCAAGCUGGCCGUGACCGCAAUGCUGAACCGCAUCCUGAAUGCCAGCCACAUCCAACGUGUCUGCCUCUGGACACUUAGCACACUGGCAGCGAUCGUAUCCGGAGUGUGCAUUGUUAUUCUGUUUACCAUGUGCGAUCCACCUCGGGCGCUGUGGCAGACCAGCCUUGUCGCGGAGGGCAAAGCUACUUGCAAGAAUGUGUGGAUGUUGAUUGACUACGCCAUAUUUACUGGAGGUUGGGUAGCUCUCUCUGGAUUUGUUGAUCUAGCCCUCGCGAUCUAUUCCAGCACAGUUCUGAUGAAACUCCAUAUGUCGUUGCGUAAACGCCUCGCCUUAUGCGCAGCAUUAGGCCUCGGCUCGGUCGCCACAGCGAUGGCUAUCAUCAAAUGCACGCAAUUGAAAGGUCUGGCCGACCAAGAAGACUACACAUACGGAACCGCAGACUUAAUCAUUUGGACUAAGUUACAAAGUAUGGAGUCGAACAUCGUGAUCAUCGCGUCAUGUAUCCCCACCCUCCAACCAUUUCUAGAACUCAUGCUCGGCAACCGCACGGCGAGCUCAUACAACAACAGUCGUAACCGGUACAAGAGGUCCAAUCUGCCAGAAUAUUCCCACGGGAGCCACAGCAGGAGAAGAUGGAUUUUGCUGUUGACACGGUGGAAAGCCAGGAGAAUAUCCUCCCUGAUGCGGGGGGAGGGCAGGGGGAGGGGGGUCAUUCGCUGGGGAUCAUUCGGCGGACGGAUGCCGUGACGGUUGAGUAUGAG